UCCAUCGACCGCUUCUGAAUUACACCAAGGAUGACUUGAUCGCCAUCUGUGAAGAAUUGAACGUUAAUUGGUUCGAAGAUCAUACCAAUGCUGAUAUGACGCUGACCCUGCGGAACGCAAUCCGUCAUCUGCAAAAGCAGGACUGCUUUCCUGUUGCUUUGCAGACAGAGAAUCUGCUCGCUUUGUCUAGCAGACUACUUCGAGGCCGGCAGAGGUAUGAAGACCGAGCGACUGAGCUCUUCUAUUCCAUCCCAGCAACUCUCGAUCUGGCUUCUGGCUCCGUCAGUUUCUCGCUUUCGCCGGACUUCAAGGCCGGAAUGGGAAGUGCGAAAGCCGAUCGCCAUGUUCUCGCAUUGCUACUGCGUAAGCUGCUGCUUCUUGUCGCGCCACAUCGCAGCAUCUUAUUGACCGAACUGGACAUGGGUAUUGAUCUUGUGUUCUCAAAUCUUGGCACAGAAUCGCUUGUGGGUUCACAAUACCUGCACAUCGCCGAGGUCAAUAUCCACAGGUCAAUGACACAUGAGGAAGGCAGAGCUCAAUUCAGACUUCAACGCGCUCGCCCUAUCAGACACCGCAGCUCAGACUUUGAGCUUUGCUGGCCGGAAGGAGAAGCCUUAUUGGAGAGAGGCAUCCGAUGGUCACAAUGGAUAUUGUGGGACAAUCGCUACUGGAUCCGUGUGGGCCAUUUUGGAGAAAUUUCCCCAGAUCCAGGCCUCAAGAUUGCAGUAACAUUUCUGGACCCUGAUCAUAUCGCAAAGACUGGCCGUAGCUUGCGAAGUUGGCAAUCCAGGCUUUUUCACAGCCGGCUCCGUACUGUACCGAGCCUCGUGCAUAACACCCUACCGGCUCUUAUCACGAAAAGGCCUGUCGGCGGGGAUGUUGGAACCGGCGUGGUAGAGGAAGACGUUGAUGUCAUGGCUAUACCUACUUUACGAUGGAACAAUCCAAAGUACAAACUUUCUGAUCAUUACUGGCAACAUGAUGAAGAGAUGCGGAAGAAGCUGAAAUCGAUACCCUUAUGGGUGUGGGAAAUCAGGUACCGGGAGGUCGACUUCAGUGGCAAGGAGCACAAGUUCGUGGACAGCACAAUGAAGCCAGAGCGAGCAGCGGAGAAGGAGAGCGCAGAGGAACCAGGCAGUGGAGAGGAACCUCGAUUGAGGCGUUUCUUCAUCUAAAACGCACGGACCUUAUCCUGCGUCAUGCACAUGACGUGGCGUCGAGGGUCUUCUUCGAGCUUUUGAUAGCGCACUGACUCACCCUUUCCCCUUCUCUAUACC